ACGUCACACGCGUCCUCCACUCAAAGUGGAAGGACAUUACACAUUAGGACCCGGACCUGCGCCGCGCCGCUGCCGCCGUCGUUGGGGUCGAGAGAUCCGCAGCCUCCGCCGGUCGCCGAAGACGGCGUCCUCCUGAAGUACUCCGCUCGUCCCGUGCUCACAAGCCGCCGCCGUUCUAAAAUGGCGUCUCCGACGACCUGGGCCACGCGGCUCCGCCCACAGUAAGAUGCGCUACUCCGCCGUCGUCUCCUUCAAGAGGUACUAUGACGGUGAGAUCAGGUAUCGUGAGAUCGCGCCCUGCUUCCAUGACUUCUUCUCGCAAGGGAAGCUCACUGCCGUGUACUGGUGCCACAACGUGAGACACGAGAUGGCCCCGACUAUACACAGCGACGGUGCGGCUAUCCUUGUCAGGAAACUGCUGCAUUACCCCAACAAUCCGACGAGAGUCUUUGUUGGUGAUGUUGUUUUGGUAAGAAAUCCAAAGACACCAUCCCACUAUCUGGUUCGAAGGUUGGGUGCGAUUGGAGGAUGCGAGAUGGUUUCUACGGAUGAGAAAGAUGAGCCUUUUGUAUUAGCGCAUGACCAAUGUUGGGUCCUGCUGGAUAAUCAAUCAGUGACGCCCAAGGUAGCUUGGGACAGCCGUGUGUUUGGACCAGUUCCUAUUAGUAGUAUCUGUGGCAGAGUGAUAUAUUCUUUGAGGACAUCUGUUGAUCAUGGUCCGGUACAGAACUGGUUUGUUCCAUGUUAGGUUGAGCUAUCAUUAAUUCCUUACUGCUGGCAAGGGCAACAAUAUCUGGCCGAGGAAGCAGCUGUAGUCUGUAGAGGCCAAUAUCAUGACACGGGAGGGCGCUGGCAGAAAUAAAGUGUUUCUUUAGCUGCCAAUCUAUGAAACUGCAAGCGUGCAAAUGCCUGGAUGUUUGCCAAUACCUGGCUGUUGUUGACUUGUUGUUACUGUGACUCUGUGAGAGUGUAUUGUAGGUUAUCAUUGGUUUGGGAUUCUUUUCUUGCUGGUGUAACUGAACUACUGAAAGAUGGCUAUGCCGUCUUUAGGCCCUGUUC